CCCCCCUUCUUGAUGCUUCGCCGAAUCCUCUGAUUUCUUCUAUAUGCGCGACCCGGUCGCUCCAAUGGCCCCGUCAUGACUCUUCUGCUUGUCGAAUACCGUGGGCAAUCAUGCCACUGAGAUGAACGACAGACUCACCUUCUUCUAUUCUACCUGCCACUGUUAAAAAGCGCUUUUGCAUAGCCGCACGAUUGUGGUAAACAAGUCAACCGACAUACCUCUUAUUACCAGCUAGGAAAGCUCAGAGGCAUUCGAUCCAAACAACGACCUCUCGCUCUCUACACUCGCAAAUGGGUCCAUCCGAUCCGCUGGCCGUCCACACGCGCACUUCACGCCUGGAAUCUCUGCCCGUCGAAAUCAUACAAUUAAUCUUCCUCCACAGUCUGGAGGUCAACUUGCCCCGGGCCUCACCCCGUCUUGCCCGCGCACUAUCCAAUCCCGUGCUAUACACAUGGCUUAUCCGACUAGUCUUCAGUAGCACGAACCCCGGCUCGCGGGAGGGCUUCUUCACACCAGAUUUCCUCCCACCACCACUAGAUUUCUGGGCAUUGGAGUGGGAGCAGAGGCAGAAAUUGCAGAGCACGAUCUUGGCAUGUCGCUGGUGUACCUUACCACUUAUGCGGCGGUGUCAACGGGAAUACGUGGACCAUGCGAUCCGGCGCAAGUGUGCGGAUUUGGUAUUUUCCGAGGCAGACCGCCGUAUACUGGACUCCCUGGAUACGAGAUUCGAGGAUCUAGAAAGCUGUGAUAAAGCGGUAGAUGGACGGCGUGGAAAGGGAGAUCUCGUUCUUCCUGCCCAAUUACCGGACGGAGAGCGGUCUUCGUCAUCGCGCAGUUUCGACCGCAAAGUGGCGAUUUGGUUUCAUUUUGGCGCUGUGCAGAUCCGGGAACCGAAUGAGGUUUAUUAUGAAAAUGACCUGUUUCGAUUACCUUGUUCGGUGGCCAUUGGACCGGGUCGUAUACCGGAUAAAGUACUGCAGGAACCGUGGUCGGACGCGCAAUUCGAGUUUCUGCAGUUACUUUCUUCGGAUUUUUAUCUAGACGAGGACGAACAUUCGGCAGAGAGGUCGGUGGAGAUUACGACGCGGUUGAUUCGAAAGCAUAGGAUCGAGCCGUUUCGCCGAUUGUCGCGCAUGUCGUUUCGUGCGGCGAAUUGUCGUGUUCCGUCUAGUUGGCCCUUGCAGGCUUCGCAUUAUCAUUUGAUACGGCGGUAUGCUGGGGGUCCUGGGGAUCCGUUUGCGAAUUGUAUUUUGAAUGAGCGGUGGGAUGUGAUCCCUCCAUCGGCCAAGGAGGAUCUUCUGCGGUUGACUGGGACAACCUGUCACUUGAGCGACUAGCAUUGAUGAGCGCCUGCGAUGCUGAAUUAUGGCGUAUUCUGUAACACUAUGUUCUGCAUACAUACCAUUCUACUUGAAUAGCCUACGAGAUGACUUUGAGCGAAAGACAUAACUGAAC